AUGAGGCAAGAUCUUGAGGAGACGCCAAGAAGCCAAAAGCUAUGGCUGUUUGCAAAAUGGAGUGUCGGCGUGAUCUUCACUCGCAUUAUGGCAUGUGACUCACCUAAGCAAGCUUGGGACAGGUUGAAGGAAGAGUUCAUGGGGUCCGAGAAGACCAGCAGAACAGUUGAUCAAUUUGAGGAGAGACUUGAGAACCUCAAGAUGAAGGAGUUGCUUGGUGAUGAUUUUGCUGAAAGCGUGGUUGUUGAGAAGGCAAGAAGAGCACUCGAGGGGCCUUCCAAGCAAAGGCCGAGAGAGCUCCAAUUCAAGUCGAAAAGCAAAAAGCCUUGGCUUGAGAAAAGGAGAAGUCGAGAAGAGAUUCAAGCGGAGAAGUUACCCACCAUGCACUCACUGCAAGAGGACCACACAUUCGAGAAGUUCAUUGGAGAAGACCGGAUGUUCAAUGUUGGAAAUGCAAACAAUUUGGUUAUGUUGAGAAGCUUUGCGGGAAUAAAGGCAAAGUACCAACACAACAAGAUCGAGCACGAGUUGUUGAAGAUGUUCCAUUCGGGAGGAGCAUGUCUUGAUGCAUCUUGCCUUACAACCACGAAGCGAGCCAAGUGCGGUUGGCUAGUGGAUAGUGGUGCUUUCGCAUCAUAUGGCGGUGAUGUGAGUCUGUUUAAAGAACUUGAUAGGAGUUUCAGCUCGAGGAUCAGGAUUGGGAAUGGAAACCUGAUUGAAGCUAGAGGCAAGGGAGAUGUGUUAAUCAGCUCUAGUUCGGGUAACAAGCUAAUUUCAGAUGUUUUGUAUGUGCCCGAUAUUGAUCAGAACUUGUUAAGUGUUGGUCAGUUGGUUGAGAAGGGCUACUCAUUGAUUUUUAAGAAUGGUUCUUGUGUCAUCAAGGAUUUUCUUGGGCAAGAAACUGCCACAGUUCCUAUGGCUGACAAAUGUUUCAUGUUGGAUGUUAGCCAACUUGAGAAGAAGGCUUAUUCGAGCCAGAGUGAGAGUGCUGGUCUAUGGCACAAGAGGCUAGGCCAUGUUAACUUCAAGUCACUCGAUCUGUUGCAUAGACUUGGUUUGGCAAAGGAUAUGACCAAGGUUGAGCCAUUAGAAGGUGUUUGUGAUGUAUGUCACUUGCAAGCAAGCAAGAAAGCCAUUUCUGUCGAUCAAGCCCGGAGAGCUCGAGAGAAGCUUGAGCUAGUGCAUUCGACAUUUGUGGCCCGAUGA